AUGCCCUUGCAUUGCACGGUCAAGGAAGAAGGUGCAGAUGCUAAAGAUGGAGGUGUCCUUCCAUCUCUGCCAGCAAAUUUCAUCCUUACUGUGCCCAGGGCUCUGAAAGAAGAGGCACAUGACACCUGCCCAAAGGCCCUGGCUGCCUCGUCUGAAUGUUCUACCUUCUCUGGGAAUGUUGAGCACCCUGGAGAGGGUGCCUGGAAGCCAGGCUUGGAAGGUGCGGGAGCAUCCUCCAGUGCCCCCAACCUUAGGCUGCAUCAAUCCCUCCAUCGGGAAAACAGAAAAAGGAAGCUGCAGGUACCAGAGCCUGAGAAGGGACUGGAAGAACUUCAAUCUUUAGUUGAUUCACAGGCUGUUAACCCUAAUACCGCUACUGAAAAGGACAUCAGCAAGGAAGCGCGACAGCCAACGAGCAUGGAUUUCCCACAAAAACCAUGUUGCAUUGAAGGAGGAAUGAUGGUCUGGUUUAAAUUUCAAAGUCACCCAUUUUGGCCAGCCAUGGUACAGAGUGUCAGCCAAGCAGAACAGACUGCAAUGGUGCUUUUGAUCGAGGCAAACAUGCUCUGUGAAAAGAGUGGCAUUCAAGUUCCUCUUCGAAGAUUAAAGCAUCUGGAUUGCAAAGAGAAAGGAACGCUAAUGAACAGAGCCAGGAAAGUGUACGGGCAGAGUGUGAACUGGUGCUUCUCCCUGAUUUUCCACUACAGAGAAGGGCUCUCGCAGGGGUCUUCUGCAGGCUGUCUCCUGGACUACUAUGCUGCUGACAUCAGUUACCCAAUUAGGAAAGCCAUCCACGAGUGGGUUGUGGAGACUGACUUCCCAAAGGUGAAUUACACCGACCUGGAAGAUUCUGAGGAGGAGACCUCUCUGGGUGGGAAGACACCCUGUAAGAAAAUUCUGCCUGACUGGACAAGGGCUGCUUGAGACCGAGCAAACCAGAAGCUAGUGGACUUCAUCGUGAAAAGAAAGGGGGCCGACGACCAUCUCCUGGACAUUGUAAAAGGCAGGAAACAGUCUAGGUGGCUGGCAUCAUUUCGGAAUUCAGGCAGGUAUGUGAUCUGCACUGAAACAUACCUACAGGAUGAAGACUAGUUGGAUGUUGUGGUAAGACAUUUACAAGAAAUCUACAAACAAAUAGACAAGACAAUGCUGGCUCUGAGAAGAGAUGACAAAGUGAGCUUUGUUGUGGAAGUUCUCCUGCCAGAGGCAAUCAUUUGCUCAAUUGCUGCACUUGAUGGGUUAGAGCCCAAGGAGGCAGAGGAAAAGUACCUGGGAGGACCACUUGUGCAUUACCGGAAAAAAGAACUAUUUGAUGAAAACAUCUUAAAGAUAGUGAGAAAGAGAGCAGUAACAAGGAGCAACACUAAGUAG